GAGUGCCUGGCAGUGGCCAGGGUGGCAUCCCUCCUGGCAAGCAGGUUCUGUUACAUUGGGGGAAGCAUGGCAAUGCCACAGAAGUACCGCCUGGCAUAUAUGGUGGAGCGAUGCAUGAGCGUCAUGCAGUCUGGGACUCAGAUGGUGAAGCUCAAGAAUGGCUCCAAAGGUCUGGUACGUUUGUUCUAUCUGGAUGAGCAUCGCUCCUGCAUCCGCUGGAAACCCUCCCGCAAGAGUGAGAAAGCCAAGAUCACAAUCGACUCACUAUGCAAGGUCACUGAAGGUCGGCAGUCUGAUAUCUUCCACCGGCAUGCUGAGGGCAACUUUGAUCCCAACUGCUGUUUCACUGUUUACCAUGGCAACCACAUGGAAUCGCUGGACCUGGUGACAUCCAGUGCAGAGGAGGCGCGAACCUGGGUGACUGGUCUCCGCUACCUAAUGGCAGGGAUCAGUGACGAGGACUCUCUGGCCAAGAGACAGCGUACACAUGACCAAUGGAUGAAACAGACAUUUGAAGAUGCUGACAAGAAUGGAGAUGGUUUCCUCAACAUUGAGGAGAUCUACCAGCUCCUACACAAGAUGAAUGUUAACCUGCCUCGCAGAAAGGUCAAACAGAUGUUCCGGGAGGCUGACACAGACGAACAGCAGGGCACGCUGACCUUUGAAGAGUUCAGCGUCUUCUACAAGAUGAUGUCACUGCGGCGUGACCUCUUCCUUCUCCUUAUGUGUUACAGUGACAAGAGAGACUACCUGACAGCCGAGGAGCUCGGCAACUUUCUGCAAGUGGAGCAGAAGAUGGUCAACGUGACACCAGAAUACUGCCAGGACAUCAUUAGUAAGUUUGAAGUGUCUGAGGAGAACAAGCAGAAAGGCAUUCUGGGAACUGAAGGCUUCACUAAUUUUAUGCGGAGCCCAGCAUGUGAUGUGUGUAACCCCAUGCAUCAUGAUGUGAAUCAAGACAUGGACCAACCUCUAUGUCACUACUAUAUAGCCUCCUCACACAACACAUACCUCACAGGAGACCAGCUCCUCUCCCAGUCCAAGACAGACAUGUAUGCCUGGGUCCUCCAGUCUGGCUGCCGCUGUGUGGAGGUUGACUGUUGGGAUGGUUCAGAUGGUGAGCCCAUGGUGCAGCAUGGGUACACACUCACCUCAAAGAUCACCUUCAAGUCAGUCAUCGAGACCAUCAACAAAUAUGCCUUCGUCAACAAUGAGUACCCAGUCAUUUUAUCUAUAGAGAACCACUGCAGUAUUCAGCAGCAGAAGAAGAUAGCCCAGCAUCUGAGAGAGAUCUUGAGGGACAAGCUGGAUGUGGAAGAUGUUUUGAACAAAGACUCUAAACAGCUCCCCAGCCCCAACAGUCUGAAGGGAAAGAUCCUUAUAAAGGGGAAACGGCUGUCUCCGUACCUGUCAGCAGACGUGGAGGAGGGGGAGGUGUCUGACGACGAUAGCGCUGAUGAGAUUGAAGAUGAUUUCAAGCUGAAGAAUAGCAUUAGUAAUGGCACCAAUCAGCACCAGGUGGAAUCUUACAUUAGGAAGAAACUGGACUUUCUGCUAAAGGAGUCUCAGAUUGGAGACAAGGAGGACACGGACAGCUUCUCCAUCCAUGCACUGCUCCGUGCCACUCACGGAGGCCUGCAGAAAAACCUGCGCAAGAACUCCAAAGAGGGGGGUUUGAAGAAAUCGCAGAGUCGUUCCUUCAUAAGUAACCUGAAGCACAAGCGACAUUCCAGGUAUAGGCUGAAGAGUGCAGACACAGAUGAGGAUGGGCUGCAGGAGGUGUCUGGAAAAGAGGCUGGGGGGCAGUUCAACAGGGGUGCAGGGAAGCGGAGGAAAACAAUGAAACUUAGCCGAGAUCUGUCGGACCUUGUGGUCCUCACUAACUGUGUGGCAUGUCAGGAUGGGCUGGAUGAGGGUUCUCUGUGUAAUGUACUAUCCUUCAGUGAGACACGGGCUCAGCAGUUGGUACACAACCGGGCAGAGCAUUUCUUGGUGUUUAACCAGCAUCAGUUCUCGCGCGUUUACCCCUCAGCCUAUCGCAUUGACUCCAGCAACUUCAAUCCACAGACAUACUGGAACAUGGGAUGCCAGUUAGUGGCACUGAACUAUCAGACAGAGGGAAGAAUGAUGCAGCUGAACAGGGCGAAGUUUAUGCUGAAUGGAGGCAUUGGCUAUGUUCUUAAACCUCCAUCUAUGUGUAAAGGCUCAUUCAACCCGCUCUGUGAUGACCCUCUUCCAGCUUAUCCUAAGAAACAGCUGGUGCUCAAGAUCAUCAGUGGGCAGCAGCUGCCCAAACCACCUGACUCCAUGCUGGGGGACCGAGGAGAGAUUAUUGACCCCUUUGUGGAAGUGGAGAUCAUCGGCCUUCCAGUGGACUGCUGCAAAGAGCAGACCAGGGUCGUGGAUGACAAUGGCUUUAACCCAGUGUGGGAGGAGACUCUGUCCUUCACUUUGCACAUGCCUGAGGUGGCACUGGUGCGUUUCCUGAUCUGGGAUCAUGACCCGAUUGGACGUGACUUUGUGGGCCAGAGAACCCUAGCAUUUAGCAGCCUCAUGCCAGGUUAUAGACAUAUUUACCUGGAUGGGCAGACAGAGGCCUCUAUCUUUGUCCACAUUACUGUCCAUGAGAUUUAUGGCAAGUGGAGUCCCCUAGUCCUCAACCCCAGCUAUACCAUAAUGCACUUUCUAGGAGUUAACAAGGGUCACCAUUUGCGGGGUAUCAGAGGUCUGUUUAAAAAAAGCUCCAAGUCAUCCGUGGACACACAAGCAGGGCUCUCACCUCGCAAGGGGUCAGUAAGUGACCACCUUUUACGGCGGACAGCCAGCGCCCCUGCCAAGGGCCGCAAGAAGACCAAGAUGGCUGUGCCUGAGUGUUCGUCCGAGUGGAAGGUCAGCUCUGGAGACCCCAAGGCUACUGCAGCUGAAGUGGAGAGACGUGUGGGUCCACGUGCCACCCUCCAGCAUCGUCCAGCGUCUAUGCCCCUUGAACACCUUCUGCAAGACCAGCUCAUCCUCACCUCUCCCAUCCAGGAAGGGCCUGAUCCUAGGGCUGACACUCUUUCUGAUACACUUCUCCACUUUGACCAGCCUAGAUCUGUCUCAGUGGAUCUGCUGACCGAAAUCCUCACCUUUAAUUACCCUCAUAUUGACAGUCAAUCAACCCACCACCAACCAACGAACCAACCAAUCCUAGACGGAAUGGGAGAGACAGAGCAGGAGACAUCUAACCUUGCAAUUAAGACCACAACAUAUGAUCUCACACAUCUGCUUCAAGAUGGACUUAUCCAACCAGGUGAUUUAGCUCCUUCCACAGGACCUGCAGGCCACCAGUCCUUCUUGGAUUGUGAUGUGAACCUAUCAUUUGAAAGUGUCCACAUUAAAACUGCUAAAACAAACAACUAUAACAGGACUGAAGUAAAACCUGAAGAAGUCCCACUUUUUGCCCUUUUCCUCUCUCCUCAUUUUGUGGAGGAUCAGCCCACUCAGCAAAAUCAAGCCUCCCUGCAAGACAGUACCAUUUCCCAACUGAUCGAUGCAGUCUCACGCAGAACUGAGUAUGACACCUGUGGAUCCAUAUCUGCCGUACUGGGUCAGAUUGAAUUCACUGAUGAACAGAACAGUGUAACUUUGGGGUCUGGUUCAAGGCCUUCUCAUCUUUCUGUUUCCCCCAGUGCCCUGCAUGUAUCUACUGUGAACCUUUCCAGCACUCCUCUUCAAGUAGGCCAAAAUGAGUGCCCUCCUGGCAUGGAGAGAAAAAACACCAACAAUCCUCUCAAGGUAACGCAGGACGACAGCUUUCCCUGUAAACUUAAACAUUCUGAGACACCUUUCCCUUCCAGCCCAGAGACCACUGAACCAGCCUUUUACACCAUAUUGGAUGAGGAAGUGCUGUCUCUUGUCUCUAGGUUCAGUUUGAGUGAUCAGAUACUGAGUUCCGAGGAAGAGGCUUCCCCUGAGGGUAUAAAAUACCAUCUGGAUGAGUUAUUGAGGGGGGAUGCGUGCUGGGAGCAUUACAGAGGUGAGAGUUAUGGAGGUCUGCAUCAGUUGAAGGACUCUUUGCAGAACUUGAGGUCUGGAGGUUAUGGAGGUACCUUUGUCAAUAGCAUAGCCUCAGACUGCUUUGUACUCUGCCAGGGUGCAGCUGGGAGCAGUCUGUUAGAAAUCGAGAUCAAUGUGGAUGAAGAUCCUGUGGACAGUGCCCUCACGGCUGCACAGAUUGCAACAUUGCCUCUUCAAACAUGUAAGAUUCUCAGCCCCUCCAAGUCCAAGAAUUUGGGUGACCUGACAUCUGAAGACAUCUCCUGCAACUUCCAAAGCAAAUACAAAGUCAUCAGUCGCAGUAUCAUACCGUCCUCGCUACACGAUGUGAGACAGACGGUCAAUCUGACAAACCAUCGACAGUCUGCUGACUCCCUGACAGAGCAGCUAUGCAAACUUGUGACUCUGGAACAGGACUGCCCUGAGCUCUUCGUACCCAAAGUUCAGCCUGUCACCUCAAUGCUUACUCCUAGCCUCUCCAGCUCUUCUGCAACUGCAGCAGGUGACCAGGAGGACCCUCCAACCUUCCUGUCACGGCGACUGUCAUCCCACAGCCAGAGCCGUGUGCAUCACAUUGCCAGCCAUGCCCGUGAACGACAACAGGAAGCACUUAAGUUCAAGCCCAUGAGUGGCACUUGAGUGAUGCUCCGCAACAAGCCAUUGUCUUCCCAGAACUCUUCUUCCAACCGACACUCCGCUGGCUCCUAUAUCUCUUGUUGCCUGGAUCGUAUGGGACUAGAGUACAGGGGACUGCCUGAAGGGGCCUGUACAACCUUGCGCCAUGGCUACAGUGAUCAGUUCUACUCUGACACCGUGCUUCCCUCCAGCUCCUGCUCCUUCUCAGAGCCAGAGAUCUAAUUCUUGCUGAGACUUUGA